UGGGACGAUGCAGAGAUGAUGAUAUUAUUACGUCAAAUGUAUAUAGAUUUAGGUUUUAUAACAAAAUUUAAUAUAGAGCUCCCAGUAUUACAUCAGUGGAUAUAUGAAGUUUAUAAAAAUUAUAAUGGUGUGCCUUUUCACAAUUUCAAACAUUGUUUUAUGGUGGCGCAGAUGAUGUAUGGUUUAACUUGGUUAAUAGAUCUCCCCUCGAUACUAGAUGAUUUAGAUGUUUUAAUACUUAUUACCUCAGCUAUCUGUCAUGAUCUAGAUCACCCUGGAUAUAACAACGCAUAUCAGAUCAACGCCAGAACAGAUCUUGCCUUACGCUAUAACGACAUAUCACCACUAGAGAACCACCAUUGUUCAGUGGCAUUUGAGAUUCUGGAGAGGAAACAAUGUAAUAUAUUCCGUAAUCUGAGCGUGGAACAGUUUAAACGAGUUCGAGAAGGCAUGAUCAGAUGUAUAUUGGCAACAGAUAUGGCAAAACAUAAUGAGAUUCUACAUUCAUUUAAAGCUGUGUUACCCACAUUCGAUCCUCAGGAUAAGGAACAACGUUCAGUGUUGUUGAUGAUAUUAAUUAAAGUAGCUGAUAUUUCAAAUGAGGUACGACCAGUCGAAGUGGCAGAACCCUGGCUGGAAUGCCUUCUUCAGGAAUUUUUUAAUCAGAGUGAUUUAGAGAAGUUAGAAGGAUUACCUGUGGCACCUUUCAUGGAUCGUGAUAAAGUCACGAAACCUACGUCUCAAAUUGGAUUUAUUAAGUUUGUUUUGCUACCUCUGUUUGAAACAGUUGGCCAGUUGUUUCCUGUAGUCGAGGUAAAGCAUCUAGUUUUAUUACCACAGCUGCAUAUUUAUAUUGCUGGUUAUAUUCAUAAAAAUCUGCUGUAA